UUUUCUAUUUAAUAGCAAUGGGGUGCAUCUUCCUUAAUAAGUGACGUCAAAGGAGCCGGGAUCAGCGCGCAUGCGCGGGGAAGCGGAGCGGCAGCCGCAGCACGGAGCAGUGCGCGAAACAACAGCAGACAUGGCAAGAGAUGGCGAGGGACGCGAGCACACCGACACCAUGCACUGCUGAAGGGACGGGGGCCUUAACAUUACAAAAAAAUUACAAAACUUUAUAAAACAUAGAAAAAGCGAAGAAAAAAAUCAGAAAAGGAAGCAAAGAAAAAAAAAGAUAUUCAAGAUAAGAACAGAACUUUUCCAAUGAGAGCACUUCUGUGGACACUGCUCCGCUAUAUCAGAUAGAUGAUUUGUCCACACGCUUGCACGUAUAAUGAACGCCCAGCUGUCGAUGGAGAACAUUGGCGAUCUGCACGGAGUGAGCCAUGAACCGGCGGAUCUCAUGACCGGAGACAGCGCUCAUCACAGGAGCCAUCGGAGCAGCCUGUCAGCCCAUGCGCGCUCCAUGGGCAUGGCAUCAAUCCUGGACAGCGGCGACUAUCAUCACCACCGGCCCCCGGAGCACCCCGGGCUCGCCACGCACCUGCACCCGGCCAUGAGCAUGGCGUGCGAGGCUCCCCCCGGGAUGAGCAUGAGCAGCACCUACACAACCCUCACCCCGCUGCAGCCCUUACCGCCCAUCUCCACCGUCUCCGACAAAUUCCCGCACCACCAUCAUCACCACCACCACCACCACCAUCAUCACCCGCACCAACGGAUACCGGGGAACGUCAGCGGGAGCUUCACCUUGAUGAGGGACGAUAGGGGUCUAGCCCCGAUGAACAACCUCUACUCUCCCUACCACAAGGAUGUGGCCAGCAUGGGACAGAGCCUGUCGCCUCUGUCGGGAUCCGGACUGAGCGGCAUUCACAACUCCCAGCAGGGGCUGCCGCCCUACGCGCACCCCGGGGCCACCAUGCCCGCCGAGAAGAUGCUCACACCUAACGGAUUCGAGGCACACCACCCCGCGAUGUUGGCUCGACAUGGGGAGCAGCACAUGAGCGCGUCUUCGGCGAGCAUGGUGCCGAUCAACGGCAUCCACCAUCACCCGCACGCCCAUCUCAACGCCCAGGGCCACGGGCAGGUGCUGGGCUCCACUCGGGAGCAUAACCACUCCUCCGCGCCCGGAUCGCAGCUGAACAACGGCAGCAAUUCGGGCCAGAUGGAAGAGGUCAAUACCAAAGAAGUGGCCCAAAGAAUCACCACGGAACUGAAAAGAUACAGCAUUCCGCAAGCCAUCUUUGCCCAGAGGGUGUUGUGCCGCUCGCAAGGGACACUUUCGGACCUGCUCCGGAACCCUAAGCCCUGGAGCAAGCUCAAGUCUGGUCGGGAAACCUUCCGCAGGAUGUGGAAAUGGUUGCAGGAGCCUGAGUUCCAGAGAAUGUCAGCGCUCAGGCUCGCAGGUGAGAGAACAAUAGCAUGCAAGAGAAAGGAGCAGGAGCACGGUAAAGGCGAGCGGGGGAGCCUCUCCAAGAAGCCCCGGCUGGUCUUCACUGAUGUCCAGCGUCGGACUUUACAUGCAAUAUUCAAAGAGAACAAGCGCCCGUCCAAAGAGUUACAAAUCACCAUCUCUCAGCAGCUGGGCCUGGAGCUCGCCACCGUCAGCAACUUCUUCAUGAACGCGCGUCGACGGAGCCUUGAUAAGUGGCUGGACGACGGCAGCUCGGCCAACUCCUCCUCCUCCAGCACUUGUACCAAAGCAUGAUGGAGUAAUGGCUGCAUUAUGGGAAAAGAAAAAAACAAAA